AUGAAAGCACUAGAAAAUUUAGGCCACGAUGCUAAUUUAUGGGGUCCUCUGAUGAUUCACGUCAUAUCAACAAAACUUGACACAAACACAUUGCGAGCGUGGGAAAAGCAAGCACCAAAAACUGAAGUCUCAGAAGUCAAAGACAUAAUUGAAUUUUUAAAUAAUCACUGUCAACUAUUAGAAGCGGUUGAAAGUGCAAAAAGGUUAAAUGAAUGCGGUGACAAUCAAAAAAAGGAAAAGAAACGAUUUGAUUAUCAAAAAAGGACCGUAUUGCAUGCGACUUCAAAAAAAUUUAAAUGUUAUUUAUGCAAUGAAACAACUCAUGCUAUAUAUCAUUGCAAAAAAUUCUUAGACCUAACAAUAAAAGAGCGUCAUCAAAAGGUUACUCAAUUAAGCAUUUGUAAUGUAUGUUUGGCUCAUCAUUCAGAAAACCAAUUAUGUAAAUUUUCAGGCUGUAGGAAAUGUGGAGAAGCACAUAAUACAUUACUUCACAUACCCGAAGAGCAAAGUGAUGAACAAAUCAUAAGUACACAUGUGACGUGUGCAGAACAAAAACAAGUUUUGUUAUCAACAGCAAUAAUAAAAAUUAAAAGCCAUUUUAAUGAAACAUUCAUUGUAAGAGCACUGCUCGAUUCAGGCUCUCAAACUAAUUUUAUAACCACUGAGUUAGCGCAAAGAUUAAAAUCGCCACGAAAAAGAGUAAAUAUUAGUAUAUCUGGUGUAGAUAAUUCUAAAGGUAAAUCAUUUUACUCUAUAACAACAUUAAUUCAGUCACAAAAUAGUAAUUACAGUAGACAACUCGAUUUUUUAACGUUAUCAAAAAUAACUUCAUUUUUACCACACGAAACAAUAAACACAACUGGUAUAAAAAUACCUAAUGACGUUAAAUUAGCUGACCCACAUUACGACGUACCUGGCAAAAUAGAUGUACUAUUCGGUGCUGAAUGUUUCUAUAGUAUACUAAAGGCCGGUAAACAUAAGGUAGAUGCGACUGAAAUAAUUUUCCAAGAAACAGAACUAGGCUGGAUAGUUGCAGGAUCUGUGUCCAGUUUAGCACAAACAACUACAAAAACAUUUUUCAAUUCGAUUGUAAUUGAUAACCAAGUAAAUUUAAAUGAAUUGAUGUCAAAAUUUUGGCAAGUAGAAGAAAUGGGUUCAAACAUAAAACUCAGCAUUGAAGAAAGGUCUUGUGUCGAGCAUUUUGAACAAACAGUAAAACGUGAACAUACGGGAAAAUUUAUUGUUGAACUCCUACUGAAAAACAACGUUGAAAUACUUGGUGAUUCAAAGGCAAUGGCGCGGCGACGUUUUCUAGCUACAGAAAAUAAUUUACGAAAAAAUAAUGAUCUUCGUGUAAAGUACGUUGAAUUUAUGGAUGAAUACAUAAAAUUGAAUCAUAUGAAAGAAUCGCAAUCAAUAAACGAAAUAUCAUACUAUAUGCCACACCAUGCUGUUUUACGCAAUCACAGUGCAACAACACAAACCCGUGUUGUAUUCGACGCAUCUGCACCGUCCACUUCAGGAACAAGCUUAAAUCAAAUGCUUAUGAAAGGGCCGGUAAUUCAAGAUGAACUUAUAUGUAAAUUAAAGUUUGAAUAUAGCUAUAGAUCAUGCCAUAUAGUAUUUUCUUCUGUGAAAACAUUCUAA